AUGAUCAAUUCAACAACUGUACCAAAUAACUCAACUUUAGAUGUAUGUCCAGUACCUACACCUACCAACAGCUCCAUACCAUCUAAACCAGGCGAUUUCAACUGGACACCGCAACAGCAAUCUAUAAUAUUGGGAUCAUUCUUCUAUGGAUAUGUAUUGACACAGGUUCCAGGUGGAAGGAUAGCAGAAAUAUUUGGUGGAAAACUUGUUUACGGUGUAGGAGUACUUUUGACAGCAAUAUUCACCAUUCUCAGUCCAAUUGCAGCAUUUGUAGAUUUCAAAUUUUUCAUUGUUGUAAGAGUUCUGGAAGGCUUAGGUGAGGGUGUCACAUACCCUGCUAUGCAUGCUAUGUUGGCCAGAUGGAUACCACCUUUGGAAAGAUCUAAGUUCGCUGCAUAUGUCUAUGCAGGUUCUAAUAUAGGCACAGUUAUAUCGUUGCCAAUAUCAGGGUGGCUCUGUACCCUAGAUUUUGGUGGUGGGUGGCCACUUUGCUUUUAUCUAUUUGGAGGGCUCGGUGUGCUAUGGUUCAUUGCCUGGAUGUUUCUUAUAUAUGACACACCACAAAAGCAUCCCAGAAUAUGCCCUAGGGAAGUUGAAUACAUAACAAAUUCUAUUGGGCCACAAGAAGAUAAACCAUCCAUGUCAAUACCUUGGUGCAAAUUUCUCACAUGUCUCCCGCUUUGGGCCAUUCUAAUAGCCCAAUGUGGACAUCAUGGCUUUUUUACACACAGU